CUAUUUACUUUUGUAGUUUAUGGUAGUGUGUCUGCAAGGCUCUACGUAACUAAAAAAACUGAAUGCCAGCAAAAAAUAAUCAAAAUUUUCAGCUAUGAACACACCAUCAAAGACAGCAAUCAAACUAAAUACUAAUGAAGCCAAAACGUUAGAGUCGUUUGAGAUAAUAUCACCAUCUGUUGAGACAUCUUCUAGUACAGUAAAAAUUGAGUCCAUUACGGCACAUAUUUCUUCCAAAUCCUCUUCGCCAUUCAAUGCUUUAGGAUUUAAGGAUUCCUCAAGACUAUCGCCGUUAUCUGAAGCAACCGUUACUAGUUACGCCGGUGAUUUAAAGACAAAAAGUUUAUUAAAGUCUCCAACAUCAUCCGGAACAAGAUCACCAAUUGAUAGUCCUUUACUUCCAUUUUUAAAUGAUACAUAUCACCAUAAUAAGCAACAGAUUCAACAAAGAGAUAUUGUUUUAAAUAACCGUUUCGAGAAUAUGCUAUCAUCAUCGAGCAAUAACAAUCAGCAGACACCUCCAACUACUACUACAGGAGGAGUGCUACUUGCCAGCAAUGCAUCAUCACCCACUAACAGUAUUAAAAAUAUUAAAUGUGAACCUUUUUCUACACUGUCGCCGCUUAAUGACAGCGUUAAUAGUAAGAAUAUGUUAGACGAAACGCAUAAUAACAACAACUUAAAUGGGGCUAGUACUAAUGCAAUAGAUACUGCUGUUAAGCGCGAUAGAGAUUGUCCCACGACAUCCACUACCACAUCUACAUCAAUUGUGCGUCAAAAUUCCAAUAGUACCAUUAAGUCGUGUCCUAACACAGUGAAUGCUUCCUCACCAAACAAUGGUAGUGAUCAUUCGAAUAGUAGUAGUAACAUUUCAUCAAAUCUGUCACAAGCUAAAGAAAGUAAUGCAGAUAUUCUUCAGGAUCUUAACAAACCAGAGAAAUGUGAUAAUAAAAAGAAGUCAAAAAUGAAUAAUUUAGCUACUGUGAAAGAAGAUGAUGGUGUAAAGUCUUCUGUGGAAAAAAAUGUUCUCACGGGAUCUUCAACGAAAAAUGUUUUGUGCACAACAACGGCAAUAUUGUCUUCUGCAAAAGAAGAAACAAUUGGUAUGAAUAAUUUAAUGAACGUAAAGAAAGAAGAGGGAAUUGUUUCACCAGACAUAUCUCCGGCUGGUUUUGGUUCGAUUGCCAACUUGUCGGGUAGUAACACAGUGGAUGUCAGAUCCUGCACACCAGUAAAACAAGAAGAUGUAGCCAACACGAAGACGGUUACUAAUUGUAACAAUAACAGCACGAAUUCUAAUAACCACGAAAAAAUAGUUUCUAUAUUGGGUUCUAUGAAUAAUGGAUCUAGCGGAUGUGCAGAAAAUUCACUUUCUGUAUCUGAUACUACUACCUCCCUUGUUAACACAUCGACAGACUCUUGCGUUGGCGGGUCACAUCAUUCGUCAGGAAAUGUAAUAAAUAGUAACCAUAUUAAUAGUGGAUCAAUUUCAAAUUGUAUGGAGUAUAUGCAGCAACAAAAUCAUAUAUUUGUGUUUUCAACCCAGUUGGCAAAUAAGGGUGCUGAAUCUGUUUUGAGUGGUCAGUUUCCAACAAUAAUAGCAUACCAUUGCACACAACCAGCAACAAAGGAUUUUCUUGAAGACUUCUUUAUAAAAAAUCCUUUGAAAAUGUCUAAAUUGCAGCGCCAAAAUUUGUGCAACAUAACAGUAGGUUCCGGUCAACAAUGGGUUGGAGGAUGCAAUGCACUACCAAAACUGACUCAAAAAUCCAAUGUCAAUAAAAUAAAUUUUUCGGCUAUGGCCGGCAAUUUGGAAAGCAAACUAUCUCUUCGACAGUCCAAUAUUCCUAAUUUUAAUGAAGUCUCGGAAAAUUUAAAUAGUAAUGAAAACGAAAUAAUGUGUUGGGAGCAGGGGAGAAAUAAUAUGGAAGGAUCAGCUAACGACGGUCAUACAGCUUUAAAAAUGACAAAUGGCGUCGAUGGAGUCGUAGAUGGCGGUCCUCAUGCUGUUAGUAAAUCCCUUGCUGCCACCGAAGGAGUGAAUGUGAAUAACGAUAAUAGUACGCCUUCACUGCAAGGAAUUAAAGUACCCGAUGAAAAUUUAACACCACAACAACGUCAGCAUCGCGAAGAACAAUUAGCCAAACUAAAGCAAAUAGAUAAAUUUUUGUCUAACCCUCUUCAAGGAGCAGGUCAACUGGGAAAAUUGAACUCAGAUGGUGUACCAGCUAAUAUUCCCGGCCUAAUGCUCAAUUUACCUAAUACAGUUGGUAUUGGACCACAAAUAACUAACCAACUCAAUCCUAACGUUCGACAUAUGCCGUCAAAUGUAAUGAACGCAAACAAUCACAAUAUAUGCAAUCCCGAAAAUAUGCCAGCAGCAUUAGGUGAUGGGAACAUUCCUCCACCAGACAUUCUCAGUACCCAUGAGAUAAAUAAUUUGACAAAUAAAUCAAUGCACAUGAACAAUCAAUCGAGUAUGCAAUGUGGACGUAAUGGAAUUGUUGGUAUCGUCCCUCCUAGUGUUAGUGUAAGCAAUAUGACCAGAAGUUCAUUACCUUGUCACACCGGAGGAAAUAAUACGGGAAAUUGCGUGGUAAAUAGUAACAUCACUGGUGCUGGUGGACUUAUGCCGAAUUCACCUGAAAUUAUAAAUAAUUUUAUUGGAGAAGGCAAUUUAAAUAGCAAUUCUGUCAAAAUAAUUGGGCCAAUUGGAUUGGGUUCUCAGGAAAUGGCUCAGGCAGGUAUGGCACAGAUGGAGUGGUCCAAAUUACAACAUCAAUUUUUUGAAGAACGUAUUAAAGGUAACAAGGGUCAGGGACAAAACGAUGUCGGAUGUAUGCCAACAUCACUUUGUCGUUCAAAUUCUGCAAGCAUGCGACCAAAUAUAAGCGGAUCUGGUGCACAAACUGUAACUGCAAGCAGCUGUCAAAGCAUUCGUUCAACACAAGGCCCACCCCCACCAUAUCAUCCUACACAGCGUUCGGCGUCGGUACCCAUUGCAACACAGUCUCCAAAUCCAGCUAGUCCUAAUAACCCGACGUCAAAUUUAUCGUUACCGUCACCUCGAACAACAGGGGCAUUAGGAAUAACGGCAAACUCACCAAAUAUGGACGUGCAUGCGCCUACUAUGCCAACAACACUGGCAGUAACGGCAACAACUUCAACAGUCAGUACAGCAAUUUCAAAUUCAAACGGUCAAAGUAAGAAUAAUUUCCCAUCUGAAGGUUCGCCAACAAGCAGUGGCACUAAUAACAGUACUACAAAUACAAUUGUGAAUAGAAAUCGCAAUAAUCAAAUGAACCAAUUCAAUAGUAAUCCCAGUACUCCAUUAUCACACUUGUCACCUAAAGAUCUGGAUUCGUUUCAUACAAAUGUACAAGCAGGCGAUUUAAAAAGUGCGCGUCCUAGUCCACAAAGGUCACGGACUCCUUUGAUAGGAUCAAAUAAUGGUAAUAUUGCUGAUGCUGGAAAUAUCGACGGUCGUUUCCUUUCAGCCAGCCCAGGCUUAAAUUUUCCGCAACCUAUGCCCACCGCGACAAGCUCUAAUAGUGGUGUCAACAGCUAUAAAGGACCGGGCCAAAUUGAACGCCAAAAUUCAGCUCCAGUUCCUUCACAGUUCAGUCGUCGCACUGACAACCUCCCUUUAAAUCCUAAUAGUAACCGGCCGACACAGAGUAAAUUAAAUCAUUCUUUUGAUCCAAUAUCGUCAUUAGCUCAGAUGUCUCAGCAGCUUACAAGUUGCGUGUCACUUAAUGCGGGAAAUGGCGGAGGGGUCGGAAAUAUGGGCGUCAUUGCAGUGAAUGAUGUAAACGUUCCGAAUAAUAUAAACCAAAAUUUAGAAACCAUGAUGGCUUCAAUUGAUACGGGAUUAGAUCACUGUAAUGCUGGCUCAUCCGGUAAUAUGGGAAUGUCCCCUCAUAUAAGUGGUCCCGUACCGUUUAUGUCUAAUAACUGUCAUAUUAAUUCUAUGCUGGGUUCUAUGGGACAACGUUUACUUAAUCCAAAAAUGUGCGGAAGUUUUAAUCCAGCCAACGGUGGAAUAGGACGAGACGCACCAAGUGGAUUGCAUGGAGUAAUACCCAAUCAUCGAAUGAUGAGUCGUAUGCCCAUGAAUUUUAGUAAUUUUAAUGUUUCAUCCAAUAUACAAGUUAAGGCCAGUACGCCGAAUACCAUACAGUAUAUGCCAAUACGCGCUCAAAACAAUAAUAAUAGUAAUAUACGUGUUCCACCGAGUCUGGAAUUCUUGCGUUACGCAAACCCACAAAUGGCCGGUGCUGGUAAUAUGAUGGAUAAUGGUCACAUUGGUCAAGGAAAUGCGGGUGCAUCAUCCGAACAAGGUAAAAUAAAUAAUUGCAACAAUGGACCAGCAGGUGCGGGAAAUACGAGUAUGAACUUUUUUGGAAAUUGCAUGGAACAAGAAGACAUGUCUGGGGGAAAUAUUAUGUCAAGUCAUGAAAUGAACAUGAGCCCUCAUUCUUCAAUGAUACGUGGCAUGCGACCUAUCAGACAACAUAUGGGGCAUUCAGGAAGUCAAAUUAUACCUGCUCCCCGCAUGCAAGCACCAGGUGUUGCCAUAAUGCCUGGACAUUUUCCAAAUGGCCCACAAGAUCCUAUGGAAUGCGUAGACAAUUCUAUGUUCAUUGGAAAUAAUGCUAAUGGUAAUGUACCGGUACAAGGGUCUACACCGGGGGUUAGCGGAGUUUCAGGACAAGGUCCAAUGUAUCCAGGUGGAAACAGUCAACAAAAAUCAGGAAAAACAAUGAGUGCAAACAUCAUAUGUCAAAAUAUGAAUAUUUCAAAUAUAAGCAAUAAUGGACAAAUUUCUGCAAAUGCUAAUUUACUGCCGAAUGAACAUAAUUCAUCCAUGCAGUCUCCAGCAAAUGGACCAAUUAUGAUUGGUAAUAAUAGUAACAUGCUCUCGAAUGCAAUUCAAGUGGGCAACAGUACGCCUCCUGUUGGAUGCGCUGCCAAUGGGGGAAAUGGUCCAGUUGACGUAGGCAACGUUGGGUACAAACCAUUUGUUGGUCCAGCUUCGAAUGAUCUUAAGUAUGCGCAGCAGUACCAUAGUUUUCAACAGCAAUUGUAUGCGACAUCCACGAGAAGUCAACAAAAUACUGGCAAUACUAAUAUUGGAAGCAAUGUAUCGGCUAAUCCUUCUUAUUUUGUAAAUAAGUAAAUUCUAAAAUUAUAAGUACAAGCUAAGUUAUCCAUUUGUAAUAAAUCUUGCUCGAUUCGUCUCGUUAAA